GGCUCCAGACAAAUAAACAUGGAGUCCAUCUUCCACGAGAAAUUAAAAAUUGGUGUAUAAAAUGGCAUGUUUGGGAGAUGGAGUAAGAAAGGACAUUGUACUUGACAAAACAAAAUAAUUGUAAAUCAGGACGCCUGAAAUUCACAUUGAUGUGAAUGCAAGAAGGCUCACUUUGUGCUCAACAUUGCCUGAAUAAUCUAUUGCAAGGGGAAUAUUUUAGCCCUGUGGAAUUAUCCUCUAUUGCUCAUCAGCUAGAUGAAGAAGAGAGGAUGAGGAUGGCAGAGGGAGGAGUCACUAGUGAAGACUAUCGAACAUUUUUACAGCAACCUUCAGGAAAUAUGGAUGACAGUGGUUUCUUCUCUAUUCAAGUUAUAAGCAAUGCCUUGAAAGUUUGGGGUUUAGAGCUAAUCCUCUUCAACAGCCCAGAGUAUCAGAGGCUCGGGAUCGAUCCUAUAAAUGAAAGAUCAUUUAUAUGCAAUUAUAAGGAACAUUGGUUUACAGUUCGAAAAUUAGGAAAACAGUGGUUUAACCUAAACUCUCUCUUGACGGGUCCAGAAUUAAUAUCAGAUACUUACCUUGCACUUUUCUUGGCUCAGUUACAACAAGAAGGUUAUUCCAUAUUUGUUGUUAAGGGUGAUCUACCAGACUGUGAAGCUGACCAGCUCCUGCAGAUGAUUCGGGUACAACAAAUGCAUAGACCAAAACUCAUUGGAGAAGAAUUAGCUCAACUAAAAGAUCAAAGAGUACAGAAAACAGACCUAGAGCAAUCUUUAGAAGUAAGUCAUUCAUACGAUGGAACAGGAAUGUUAGAUGAAGAUGAAGAGAAUCUACAAAGAGCGCUAGCACUAAGUCGACAGGAAAUUGAUAUGGAAGAUGAAGAAGCAGAUCUACGUAGAGCAAUUCGACUUAGUAUGCAAGGUAGUUCCAGAAAUAUUUCAGAAGAUAUUCCACAGACAUCAGGUACAAUUUCACCACCAUCUCUUACUUCAGAAGAACUACGAAAGAGAAGAGAAGCCUACUUUGAAAAACAACAGCAGCCAGAACAGAUACCACAUGUACAUGAAAAGUCAACUACAAGUGCAGAUGCACUUGAAAUUGAUCCAGGUGACGAUAUGACUGAAGAAGACAUGCUUCAAGCUGCUAUGAAUAUGUCUUUGGAAACUGUUAGUAAUAAUUUGAAGACUGAAGGAAAAAAAUAGCAAAGCGACUUUUAAAAAAAUAUCAAAAUAUUCAUAUUCCCCAACAUUGACUCCUUGUGCAGAUAUUUCCUAUACAGAGCUCAUUUCAGAAAUAUGUCAGAGUAGCACAGUUCAGAAAAAAGUAGGGGGAGGUGGCUUGCAAAUAAAAAUGAUAGAAAAUGCGUCAAGUUUAGAACUAAAGACUAUAUCUUCCAAAUACUAGCCAAAGAGGCAUUCAGCAAUUAAAGAAAUAGACAAUAGUUUUCUAAAUAAUAACAUUUACUCUCUUUUUGGGGGUGGGCAAUAACCUCUUAAAAUAAGAAUUUUUUAAAAAUCUAUUUGCAGACCAACUGAUAGGAUCUAGUCACAGGUUUUUUCCAACAUUGUUGAAUAAUCUGAUUUACUCCUCUCUCACCUUCUCAUAGUUGCUUGUUUCUUAGUGCCCGAAGUGGCCUUACUGCAGAGAGUGUCACUUGUCUAUAGUUACAACAGGUAUGAUGUUUAAUGGGGUAAAUCAUUCUAGCCACAACUGUGUUUUGUGUGCUCUAGUUUUUUUUUCUUUAUUUUUCAUUGUCUCUGACCUCAGUUUUUCUCCUAUAGAGUUUUCAUUCCACCUUAUUUGAAGUUAGCCUAUAAUAGGAAUGAUUUCCUAUCAUUUCAAUAUGCCAUAAAGGGAUCAGUAUCCUAUGAUUGGUGCAUUCCUAGAUUUGAAGGGAACCCUGCAAAAGUGAGGUGUUGAGACAAUAUUCAGUUUGGGGAGAACAUAACUAUUUUUCCAGGUGCUUCAUGAAUAUCUUCUCUGUUACAUCAAAAUGUUACAGCUUAAAUGACCAUCCCUACAUUAUGCACCUCGACAUCAAGUUGUUUCCUCUGUUGCUAAGGAAAAUGAGGGAAAUGAAGUAUACAAGUUAGCUUGUGUUAAAAGACUUAAGGUCCAAGAUACAUGUAUAAUGGACUAAACUGGGCUACCUGGUUUAUAUCAUCCUGCAGCCUAUUUUUGUGAAUGGUGCUUUCUGUUUUACAUACAUUUGAAAUGUAUGAAAAUGUAUAUAAAUGCUGCUUGACAUAUUCCAUUUAACAGAAAUAUUUUCAUCCAUACAAUAAUCUUGGAACACAUGGAAAUAAUUUACUUACUAAAUUAUAUUUAAAAUUAUGUUGUGACUUGAAACAUACUAUUUAGCUACAAAUACAAUAAUAAUUGGAUUAUUCAAUAGCAAGUGAGGUUGUAAAUAAAAAAGGGUUUUGUCAAACAUCUUUUUAUGAGGGUUCCCAAAUGAUUUUCUGUUAAAUAGUGCUAUACUUUGGGUUGAGGUUAAUAGUGCCUUUUUUAAAUAGGCAUUUUGCUCCUGCCAUCAGCCAUUACUUGUUUUCAUUUGCAAAAUUUUUCAGAGUUAAUAUACUAAAUAGGAAUUGCUUCUCUGGAAAUUAAAAAUAUAGUAGUUAUGUCAUUAAAAAAUUCUAGAUGGCUCUACUGAUCAGGGAAAAUUUUUUGCUGUAAGAUUUGUUGCUAGAUAUAACUGAAAACCUAAGAAAUGACGUUUAUUGAUGAAGUAACUUUUACUUAAGUGUGAACUUUUUAAAAAAAAAAAUCUAUCUUGUGCCAUAUAAAAUUUUCCAAAGUGAACCAUAAAGUAAUGAGAAAAAAUUUUGGCUAUUAAAUCUUUUUAAGCAUUUUUAAUUUAUAAAAUAAAAUUCUUGAUUUUAGAAUACAAUAAUCAAUAAAUCUGGAAAUAUGCACAAUUGUCCUUACAAUUUUGUGUAAUAUUUCCGUGUCUGUUUUCCAUCACCUUUUCUCUUUGAAAACCUACAUUCAGCAAUUCAUAUAUUUGAGUUAAUGCUUUCUCUAACAUAAAAACAUGGCUAACUGUUAAGAUUGAAACUAUGUUCUGUUAUAGUUUCUUACAUAGUAAGUGGUCUAAAAGGAAAGUAAAACAGAAGGCUUAAACUCUUGUAGUGCCCAGGUAAAACGAUUUUUAAAAUAACACGUCAGCCUUAAUUCUUGAUGCUUUUUGUUGACGCAAGUUGAACCCUUAGGCCAGAAAGUUCAGACUGAGUUAUGUCUAUAUUGAACAUACCAUAUAAAUUUUAUAUUUUAAAAAAUGACUAGUGUAUUGCCAUCUUAUCAUGGAAUAUAGAUGUGGAAUAUAGAUUUUUGAUAGCUUAAUUCUGGUCAUUCAGAUUAUAUUCCUUAGUUGAUGUAAUUUCAAAGAUGGCUACUCCAUAAUAAUACAUUGUAUAAAAUAAAUUAGCUGGAAAUCCCCUCCCGCCCCUUGGCCUACUUUCUUAAUCUGGCAUUUAUUCAAUGCAUUGUAAAACUUGUGAAUUUGUUUAAAAUUUAAAACCAUAUAAAAGUACAUCAAAUCCUACCACUUCUGUAAGCAUCCUGUGUAGAAGUCAAGUUCUACAACUUGACAAUAGCCAUCCUACUGAGAUAAAGUUUCAUUUGUGGCACUAAUGUAGGGAACUACUAUAAAUGUUCAAAAAGGAUUUCUAUUGUGGGUCAACAAUUAGAAGAACAUUAAUGUUUAAUAUUUAAACAAUAUUCUUAUGCAAAAUGAGUAUUAAAUAGGAUUAACAAGGUACAGAAAAGUUUUGGUUAGAUCUCCACAAUAUUAGUAAUAAGUAAUGACAAGAUUGGAAAAACCAAUGUAUUUUCAGAUACGUGCAUGACUUUUACAUGGAAGGAGUACUGAUCAGAGUUUUUGAAUUUGCAGGGUAGUGAUAUUAAGCUUUAUGUAUAAAUAUAAAAAUAUUUGGAGGCAAACUGUAUCUUAAUAUCAAAAAUUCAAAAAGGUAAAACUUACAUUUUUGUUUAAAAAUAUUAGGCAAAUAGUUUUUUUUUAUUGUUCUCAAAACAUUUUCUUUUAUUAAUGGAGAUGCUUUUUUUAAGUGAACUGCCACAUGAAGAUUUUCCUAAAUUAAGACUAUAUAUUGCUAAAAAUCUAGUAAAUCAAUGAAAAUAUAAUUAAAUAUAUGCUUUAAUAUUGUAAAAGAAAGCUUCUCAUAGCUAAAUUUUAUGCCAAAACAAGAAAUUGAAAAUACAGCCUAACCUCUCAGUUAGUACAUUCAAUACUGUUUUAAAAAUCAUGCUCGUGCCAAUUUCUGUAAUAUGAAUAUGUAUUUAUAGCUUUUGUAUUGGCAGACAGGGUCUGCCAGAGUGUGGAGAAAAGCUUGAUUCAGUGCUUUAAAAAAUCGUAGUUAUUUUUUUAAUGCUUUCAUUAGAUUGAAAAACAACAUUAAAAUAAGUUGUCACUUUAAACAGAAUGUUUUUAAUCUGAAUAAAACCUCUCUUUGCAUUUGAAA